GUCGUAGAAGGGUUACCUGAAGCACACAGAUAAUAAGAUAGGAAACCCUAAAGGUAGUUUUCUUCUUACAGUUUUAGAUAACAUCGGCGGCGCAUCCCAAUUCGAAACGAAGAAGAAGAAGAAGAAAGAUGACGAUGGAUGCGCAGCAGAAAACGAGCAAGUUCAAAUGGGGAGAGAUGGACGAAGACGACGAUCUCGAUUUCCUCCUCCCUCCGAAGCAGGUGAUCGGCCCCGACGCAAACGGAUUGAAGACGGUGAUCGAGUACAAGUUCAACGACCAAGGCAAGAAGGUCAAGAUCACCACCAAGUCGCGCGUCCGUAAGCUUGCUUCCGCGAGGCUCAACAAACGCGCCAUGGAGCGGAGGAGCUGGCCUAGGUUCGGAGACGCAGCGAACGAGGACGCCGGUAGCAAUCUCACCAUGGUUUCCACCGAAGAGAUCGUCUUGGAACGACCUAGGGCUCCUGGCACCAAAGCAGAAGAAUCCAAUGGAGACAGCUUGUCUCAGCUGAGCAAACCUGGUGCCGUCCUCAUGGUCUGCAGGACAUGCCACAAGAAAGGUGAUCACUGGACAUCAAAGUGUCCUUACAAGGAUCUAGCUGCACCAGUGGAUGUCUUUGUGGACAAGCCACCCACUGGGGAGCCAUCUGCCGUAUCCGCUGCACCUGGACCUGGCAAGGCCUCUUAUGUCCCGCCCAGCAUGAGACCAGGUGCGGACAGAAGCGCUGCUGGUUCGGACAUGAGGAGGAGGAACGAUGAGAACUCUGUUCGUGUCACUAACUUGUCUGAAGACACCCGUGAGCCUGAUUUGAUGGAGCUUUUCCAUCCGUUUGGAGCUGUCACGCGUGUCUACGUGGCGAUUGAUCAGAAAACUGGAGUGAGCAGAGGGUUUGGAUUCGUUAAUUUCGUGAGCAGAGAAGACGCUCAACGAGCAAUCAACAAGUUGAAUGGUUAUGGUUAUGAUAACCUCAUCCUCAGGGUUGAGUGGGCUACUCCAAGACCCACCCAGUAAAUCUCUUUUUUGAGUCAUUCAAAAACUCGGUUCUUAUUUUCUGCUCUGGAUUCUUGUUGACCUACCGUUUUGUUUGGUUUUUGUUCGAAUUAGGUGAGAAGAUAUUAUUUUUAUCUUUUUAAUACCCAAGGCAUGUUUUGAGUAUCCAAAAGGUUUUAAGCAAUCUUGAUAGAUAUGCAAGAACAUCGCUUGAAGUUCA